AAACUUGUCACGCGUCUGUGCACAUCAUUAUUAUAUUGUAAGUUCUAUUAACACGGUGUAUUUAUAGAUUUUCUGAUUUAUAUCUAAAUUGGAUCGUAACAUACAUUAUCUGAAACAGAAGGACAAUCUUUUCAUUCUAAUAUCAUAAGGCCAUCAAUUUUCAGUGAACUAACAUUAGAUUAGAUUUUGAAAUGUCAAAGAUGUCCUUAAGGGUGAGACAUGGAAGAGAUUCCAGACGGGACCGAAAGAGAAAGCCACCAAAUCAAGAUAAUGAAAGCACAACACACAGACGAUUGCAGAGGCGAAGAAAGGACCGGAAGAAGCACAUAACUUCCCGCGCUGAAGACAUGAUGCAUAUUAAUCUGUUGCGAGAAGACAACUACUGGGAAGAACGGAAAGUGAAACUUGGCGCACAAAGGAAGGAAUUUUUGGAAAACGUAAAGAAAGGAGUCAUGUCCAAGAUAUUUCUUCGUCGGAAUUUGAUAUUGAAAACGAACUUAUUGAAACUGACGAAUGGCAAAACCAUCAGUGAUAAAAGCGAUAGGUGAACUUCGAUGUUUCUGUAAAGAAGUUUACUUUUACGCUCAAUACAGUUCAUUGACGUUUCUUA